GGUUUUUUAACCUACCUAAACGGUAGAAUUUCGAGAGCAAAACAAAACUUGGAAUAUGAAUUUUUUAACGAACUUUAAACGAAUUUUUAAUAUUUUUCCAUUUACACCAGCUAAAUUACAGAGUAACCAUAUAGCGACAGCCAGCAUUAACGCAAUGAAAUUUCUAAAUCAAACGGAAGCAAUUAAUGUGGACCAAGAACUCUUUAAUGAGUACAAAUUCAGUGUAGAUCAGCUUAUGGAAUUGGCCGGUUUGAGCUGUGCUCAUGCAAUUGCCAAAUGUUUUGAGGCCUCGAAAUAUAAACGAAUUUUAGUGUGCUGUGGUCCCGGCAAUAAUGGUGGAGAUGGUUUAGUCUGUGCUCGUCAUUUAACUUUAAUGGGCUAUAACCCACAUAUAUAUUAUCCAAAACCCACACCAAAUCCAUUGUAUGAAAAUUUAACACAUCAGUGUAAAGGCAUGAACAUUGAAUUUAUUACAUGUCCAGAGGAAGAGGAGGUAUCUAAAUCAUAUGACUUGAUUGUUGAUGCUUUAUUCGGCUUCAGUUUCAAGCCGCCUGUGAGAGAGACAUUUGUGCCAAUAGUUAAAGUGCUGCAGCAAACAAAAAUACCCAUUGCAAGCAUUGACAUACCAAGUGGUUGGCAUGUGGAGAAUGGCAAGAAUGAAACCAAUGACUUUGAACCCACUUUACUGAUUUCUUUGACUGCUCCCAAAAUGUGUGCAAAACACUUUAAGGGACCACUUCAUUACUUGGGAGGUAGAUUUGUACCGCCUGGCCUUAAAUCAAAAUAUAACUUAGAUUUACCCGAGUAUCCAGGAACCGAAACUUGUGUUAAAUUAUAAAAAUUUCAUUUAUUUAUUAUUUAAAUAUGUACACAAAUACAUUUAAUAUUAAAAUUUCAUUAAAAAAAGUUAAAAUAUACCUUUCUUAAGCAAGGUAUACAAUUAAA